AGUAGUCCAUUAGGUCCCAGGCGCUCCUUUCUCUCCUUCGUCUCGCUCUCUCCAUGUUUCCAUUAUUCCAUAUGCCCAAACCCAAAAGCUCCUGAGUUCCCGAUUAUUGAUUGCAUUAUAUCGGUAAUCUCAGAACAUUUCGUCGUGAAAAUUUUGAUCAGAAAUUGGGAGUGGGGAUUAUUUUAAAAUGGCUCAGGCAGUCGAGGAAUGGUAUAAGCAGAUGCCUGUCAUCACCCGCUCGUAUCUCACAGCCGUUAUUGUCACCACCGUCGGUUGCUCCCUCGACGUAUCUCUCUCUCUCUCUCUCUCUCUCUCUCUCUCUAUCUUUCUUUUCCUUCAAGCUUUCUGUUAUGAUGCUGAGGGUAACUAUCAUAACACUUUCUUUCUCUUGGAAGGUCUCAAGAUAAUAUCACCAUAUAAGCUGUACUUGAAUCCAGUGCUAGUGGUCAAGCAAUAUCAGUUCUGGCGCCUCAUCACCAAUUUCUUGUACUUCCGGAAGAUGGACUUGGACUUUAUGUUUCAUAUGUUCUUUCUUGCUCGAUACUGCAAGCUCCUUGAAGAGAACUCAUUCAGGGGAAGGACGGCUGAUUUCUUUUACAUGCUGUUAUUUGGUGCCACUGUUUUAACUGGAAUUGUUCUUAUUGGGGGCACGAUACCUUAUUUGUCAGAGUCCUUUGCAAAAAUUAUAUUCCUUAGCAAUUCAUUGACAUUCAUGAUGGUCUAUGUGUGGAGCAAGCAAAAUCCUUUCAUACAUAUGAGUUUCUUGGGCCUUUUUACUUUCACAGCGGCUUAUCUACCAUGGGUUCUUUUGGGAUUCUCUGUUCUUGUUGGUGCUAGUGCAUGGGUGGAUCUACUGGGAAUGAUUGCUGGUCAUGCCUACUAUUUUCUUGAAGAUGUGUAUCCACAAAUGACAGAUCGCCGGCCUUUAAGAACUCCAUCAUUUAUUAAAGCUCUAUUUGCAGAUGAGCAUGUUGUUGUGGCACGGCCUGCAAAUGUGCAAUUUGCUCCACCACCUGCAGAUGAUGUUCUCCAAGGUUGAUCAUGACUGCUAAAUUUAUGGUGGCUAGCCCUCAGGGUAUUGAUCUGGGAUUCGAAAUGGCAAGCAUCAAUUGGAAGAUAGAUGGUGGGCUCUGUAAUAUAUUGAACAGUUGAACUUAUAUGCUAAUUGCUUUUGUGCAUUUGGUCAAUUGAAGGUUUAGCAAACAUACCAUGAAAGGUUUUUGCCAAAAUUACACAAAAUUUUCAUGUUUCUGUUGCC